AAGAAGAGACAAAAUACAUUUGUUUUGAGAGCAGCGAGCGACCUCCACGGUUUUGAAAUGCUGCAGAGCAUCUCCAAAUCAUGUUGACUUAUUGAUAUCUGAUGCAAGAUUCUCUCGGUCCAAAUGUUCAACAGUUCCUUGCAAGUGAGGUGAAGCUGACCCUUUGACAAAUUGCGAGUCAAUGGCCGUGCCCGAUGGUAAUUCCAAGCUGCUGCCAUGAAACCGAGAGAAGCCAUCGCAACAUGCCUUGGCCUUUCCAAGUUCUCAGCACCAUCCAGAACCAGACCCAGACUUCCCCUUUCGCCGCAUUCGAAUUCACUCGCAAAUCCCCCUCCAAGUCCAUCUCCCACAAGCCAGUACCAGGAAUCUCAUCUGAAUUCGUCCCACCAGCUGCCGAAACCCUCUUACUUCUCCCACCGUACCCUCUUCCUUCACCUGAGAUCAACUACCAGUCCGCAUGAAGCUAGAAAGCUGCAUGGCCUCAUACUAGUUCAUGGCUAUCUCCACCAGAACCCCAGCCUCGUGUUAGGCUCGCAGCUUGUCGCCAUCUAUGUCAGCCUUAACUGCUUUCAUGAAGCCCUGCUUGUCUUCCACCAACUGCCGAAAAGGAACUCCUUUGCCUGGAACUCGAUCCUCAAAGGCUUCGUCGGUGCGGGUCGGUUCUCUGAGGCAUUGGCAUUUUAUCACAAGAUGACGACAGAAGGCCUGCCGGCCGAUAGCUUCACAUACCCGCUCGUUCUGAAAGCAUGUUCGGAAUUAUCGGCUCUCGAGCUGGGCAGACAGGUUCAGGAAUCGAUCGAAUCCAACGGCGUUCACUGCGAUGCAAAAUCCAAUCUCUAUGUGCGGUGCGCCCUCAUAGACAUGUUCGCGAAGUGUGGCAGCUUAAGAGAAGCCCGGAGAGUAUUUGACAAUAUGCCGAUAAGAGAUGUGGCCGCGUGGGGAGCGAUGAUCUGUGGGACCAUGCAUCACGGAGAUUGGUUGGAGGCCUUGAAUCUGUUUAGAAGUAUGAGGUUGGAAGGGAUACAGAGUGAUUCAGUGAUCGUAGCCACUGUUCUUCCAGCAUGUGGUAGAUUAGGAGCUCUGCAUGUGGGAACGGGGCUGCAUGGCUGUGCUAUCAGAAGUGCAUUUAGUGAUGAUCUUUGUGUUUCAAAUGCUUUGAUGAACAUGUACUGUAAAUGUGGAUAUACUCGAUUAGCUCAUCAUCUAUUCCGAUAUAUGGAAUACAAGGACGUAGUCUCUUGGAGUAGCUUAAUUGCGGGGUAUACCCAGAACUGUGAAUAUAGUGAGAGUGUGGAAUUGUUCGUCGAGAUGAUUGGGUCAGGUAUAAGACCCAGCGCAGUCACUAUAGCAAGUAGUCUUCCUAGUUUUUCAGAAAGGAAGUUGCUCAAGCAAGGAAAAGAGAUCCAUGCCUAUGCCAUUAGACAUGGUUUUGAGUUUGAUGUAUUUAUUGCAAGUGCACUGGUUGAUCUUUAUUGCCAAAGUGGAUCGAUGGGAGAAGCGGAGUUCAUUUUUGAAAUCAUGUCAGAUAGGGAUAUCGCAAUAGGGAACUCAAUGAUAGCAGGACAUGCCAUGAAUGGAAAUGUGGAUUCUGCCUUCCAAACAUUACGAAGGAUUCGAGAAUCAGGAUUACGUCUGAAUUCUGUGACCAUUGUGACUCUUCUUCCUCUGUGCAAUCACUUCACUAUGCUCAACCAAGGAAAGGAGCUGCACGGUUAUGCGACCAGAGCCAAUCUGGAUUCCAUGAUUUCUGUGAAUAAUUCGCUGAUAGAUAUGUACUGCAAGUGUGGGUGUCUAGACCUUGGGAAGAAGGUUUUUGAGCAGAUGGCAGAAAGGGAUAUUGUUACUUAUAACACUAUAAUCGCUGCAUUUGGAAUGCAUGGUCGUGGGAUUGAGGCAUUUUCCUUCUUCAGCCAAAUCGAGGAAGUGAGAAUUGAGCCAGAUAAAGUUACAUUUAUAGCACUGCUUUCAGCUUGCAGCCAUGCCGGUCUUCUCAGAAGAGGCUUGCACUACUACAAUUCCAUGAUAGAAGACUAUGGUAUUCUUCCAGAAAUGGAGCACUACUCAUGCAUGGUGGACCUUUACAGCAGAUCUGGGUACCUGGACGAGGCAUGGGAGUUUAUCAGAAAGAUGCCAGUGAAACCAAAUAUUGAUGUAUUGGGAAGCCUUCUGGGAGCUUGUAGAGUUUAUAAAAGACUAGACCUUGCUGAGCUUGUUAGUAAACAGAUUUUUGAGAGGAAGCCUGAAGAUCCAGGGUACUAUAUUCUUCUGUCUAAUAUAUAUGCAGCUGCUGGGAGAUGGGCAGAUGCAAUGAAUGUACGAACAGUGGUAAAAGAGAGGGGUUUUCUGAAGAAACCGGGCAGUAGCUGGAUUCAGAUUGGAUCUUGUAUUCAUUCAUUUCUUGCUAGAGAUGGAUCGCAUGCAGAAUUUGAUAAGAUAGAUGAUAUUAUUGGCAUUUUACUUUUAGAGAUGAGGGAAGACGGUUAUGUUCCUGACACGAGCUUCCGUCAUAAUUUAGCAGAGGAUGAUUUCACUUAUGUUGAUUAAGGGAAGGGCCACUUAUAGCAGAUAUCUUCUGUUUCUGUUUCUUUUCAAUCAGAUACAGCAUACAAGCUUCAUCUUGCUUGCUCAUUCUUGGUUUGAUCUGCAGUGCUUCGACCAUGAUGCUUAACAUGUGCAGUGGCAAACAGUUUUGGUCUUAUCAAGAGAGGAACCAUGAUGAAACCUAACAAUGGUGAAAACUGAUUGAUCUAGAUGAGCAUGGUGAUUGUAGCAAAUGGGAUUUGUUGUUUGUACAGUGCAAGGACUCCACGGAGGCUUGUAGAGACAUAUCCGACUCAUUUGUUUAUAGAGACUCAAGCAUUAUAUCCAGGUCCUACUUAUCCUGAAGAUCCCUCUGAAUUGAAUCUCCUGUCCCAAGUUGUUGCAAAGUCAUAUUCUUUUUAAUGAAUAAUUUUGCUUAUA